CUUUCAGCACCAGCAGCACCAGCAGCACCAGCGGCGGCGCCUCUGCAACCACCACCAUCACCACCGGCAGAAGCUGGAGUUCAGCGUUUGUAGUACAGAGAUGGAGAUGAAGGUGAAGUGAGGGUAGAAGGACAGAGAGAGGGGGAAGGGAAGAGUAAAAUGGGGGCAACGCUCUCCAACUUGACGGAAGGGGCGAAUGGCUGCACCGAUCGUCCCGGUCUGGGAGACAUACCAGAGAGUUGCGUGGCCUAUGUAUUCAUGCACUUGACGCCGCAAGAGAUAUGCAACCUCGCUCGCCUCAACUGGGCCUUUCGGGGUGCUGCUUCUUCUGAUUCCGUCUGGGAAGCCAAAUUGCCCCCUAAGUACCAGCACCUCCUCGAUUUGUUUCCCUCUGACCGAUACCAGAAUCUAUGCAAGAAAGAUAUCUUUGCCCUCAUCUCUCGUCCCAUCCCUUUCGACGACGGCAACAAGGAGGUUUGGGUGGAUAAGGUUACUGGGGGUGUUUGUAUGUCGAUCUCGGCGAAAGCCCUGGCUAUAACUGGGAUUGAAGAUCGGAGAUACUGGAACUGGAUUCCUACUGAAGAGUCUAGGUUCCAUGUAGUGGCCUUUUUGCAGCAAGUAUGGUGGUUUGAAGUAGAUGGCUUGGUCAAGUUUCCUUUCCCAGCCGGUGUAUACACUGUGUCAUUCAGGAUUCAUCUUGGAAAAUUUUUCAAACGACUGGGUCGACGUGUCUGUAGUUUUGAACACACUCAUGGUUGGGAUAUAAAGCCUGUACGUUUUGAACUGUCUACUUCAGAUGGUCAGCAAGCAGCAUGUAAUUGCUGUUUGGAUGAAUCUGAAAUGGAUGAUGCAAAUGGCAACCACAAGCGUGGGUAUUGGAUAGAGUACAAGGUAGGUGAGUUUACUGUCAGAGAUUCAGAAGAUGCAACAGAAGUCAGAUUUUCCAUGAAGCAGAUUGAUUGUACACAUUCCAAAGGUGGGCUCUGUGUAGAUUCAGUGUUUAUUCUCCCUAGUAAUUGAAGAGAGAAGAAAAGCUUUCAUGUAGCAACAGCCAGCACACGAUGUAUUGCCUAGAUCCUAAUAUGGAUGUGUGAUACAGCUCAUACUUGUGAAGGAUUUGGUGUUUGGAGAAUGUCAUCUUGUGUGUCUUUACUUUCCCUUUUUCUAAUUUGCUUGUCCUUGUAGUUGUGUAACAUCUCUUUCUUCUCAUUGUAUUUGAUCCAUUCUUGUUUAUUUUGUUAGUGUUCCAGAUAAGAUAAAGAGAAUAUGCUCAGUUAA